GUAAGUAUAUCAAGCAAAGAUCCCUUACAUACGAAGUAUACUCUAUAAAAACCCGUUCACCAAUUAUGAAAAUUGCUAAAUAUUUAAAUAUACGUUACAUUACAAUUGAACAUCAUUAAACUGCGUUUUACCCGAAUCUCGAAAAACUAAUCAUGCCGAAAGCAGUCUAAUGUGACUCUAUGGCCCUUGUGGUUUGAAUCAUCAUGGCAAAGAAAAGGAACCUAUCCGAUCUGGUGGUGGCGUGUGAAUGGGCCGCUUGCACCUUCAAAGGUCGAACCAUGGAGGAGCUGUGCGACCACAUGUCACUUCAUUUAAAGGAGCACCUGGGAGAUGGGGAUGCCAUGGAAGAGCUAGAUGACUUUGCAUGUCUGUGGGAUGGCUGUCAGUUUCUAGCCAUGGGGAGUCCUAGUGAACUGGUUGUGCACGCACACUUCCAUAUCUUCCAUGCAAAGCUCAAGUUUAUUGGAGCGCAGCUGCUUCAGUCCCACCCAGAGUUACCUAGCUGCACCCAGGAUCUGCACAACAACAACUUGAUCCCUGAACUGUCAGAAAGAUUUCUGUGCCAGUGGGAACACUGUGAUAGCACUUUUAAUAAUCCAGAGUGGUUCUACCGCCAUGUGGACAUGCAUGCACACUGCACUGAGAUGCAGCCUCUUGCUGACCAGCAACAGGCACUGUUCUGCAGUUGGAAAGGUUGUGAUGCCUUCUUCAAGAUUAAGUACCGUCUGCGGGAGCACCUGCGCAGUCACACGCAGGAGAGACUGGUUGCAUGCCCCACGUGUGGCUGCAUGUUUUCCAGUAACACGAAGUUUUUUGACCACAUCCACCGGCAAGCAGAGCCAGAAGAAUCCUUUGUGUGUGAGCACUGUGGCAAACGCUUCGCCAACGAGAGGCUUUUGAGAGACCAUGUUCGUCAGCAUGUGAACCACAUUAAGUGUCCUCUGUGUGACAUGACCUGUACUUCUCUGGCAUCCUUGAAGACGCACAUCAAAUUUCGGCACUGUGAUGAACGUCCAUUUUCCUGUGACUUCUGUGAGAGCAGCUUCAAGAAUCAGCAUGACCUGAGGAAGCACAUGGAGACUCACAAUGAGGGAGCUGCUUUUCACUGCAGCGUAGCAGGGUGUGACUACUCCUCUCGUAUGGCCCAUACUAUGAACCAGCACUAUAAGAGGGUGCACGAGGGUGACAUGGUGUCUAAGUACAAAUGCCAUCUGUGUGACAAGAGCUUUUCCUGGUGCUAUACACUGACCCUUCACCUGCGAAAGAAGCAUGACCUCAAGUGGCCCUCUGGACACUCCCGCUUCAGAUACAAAGAAGAUGAGGAUGGGUAUUUGCGGCUGAAUAUGGUGCGUUAUGAGACUGUAGAGGUAACGGAGGAGAUCAUGAAGAAUAUGGCCAAGAAACGGACUCCCCGGAAGGCCUCUGGUUCCAGCAGCCAGGCCAGGCGCCCUGCCCUCCCAGGAGGGAGCUCCCACAACAUGUCUCCUUCCUCAUCCUCCAGUCCUACUGCACCCUCCUCAGAGCUGCCUGCUCCCCAGAGCCCCCGGGACUUCAGCCAGUCAGAGUACUGUCCUCUGACUACAGUCACAGAUCUGGUCAGUGACCCUGACAUCAGCAAGGAUAUGGCUCGGUCUGCUGCCCCCUUUGGGGCCGUAAAGGCCCUAACUGAAGUGGCUCGUGGGCUGGGCAUGGAUGUAGUGUAGCUCAAGGCUUCAGCCUUUGCUGGACAGUCAGCCGCAUUUUCUUAGGGUUGUCAUACAGCAGUGUCCCAGUACGUCUAUGCAUUAGCUUAUAUUGGAUUUCCCCUGACAUGAAUUUAUACCUCUCAUGUAAAUAUACAAAGUACAUUCCAUUAAUAGGAUCAUUUACAAUGACCAUGCCCUAAUUUCAGUUUUACUUUAAUCUUUUUGAAUUGUUUGCCAUGAAGUUUAAAUAGGGUUUGUUUGAAGCGUGAAUGUCACACAUUUCAUUUAGUCCUGUCAAAAGGCUUUUGUUACUUUCACUCUGUGAGGCUAGUAUAUUAAAUGUUGCUGAUUUUGCUGUAAUGCAGGAAAUUUCUUUAGAAUGAUCAAUAGAGGUGGACUUCAUCAGCUGGCAAGAGUGUUCACUUUGGGUCACUGUCAUGUACUGCUUAUCAAGUUGUCAUGUAUUUUCCCUUUGUUUAAUUCCCAUACUUAUUUUAUUAAUAAAUAGUUUUAAUGUUUCCAUAA